UCCCCGAGUCUGCAGCGCGCGUAGUGGACAAUCCCGGUACUGCAGGGGAUCAGCAGCUCUCCGAAAGUGAAAGCAUUCUGAAUCAGGAAGUGCUGGAGUUAACAUGGCUUCGAAAGGACCGGCCGAGAGUUGGACCGAGGAGGUAAUUUGUCCCAUCUGCCUGGAUUUCUUCACCGAUCCGGUUAUACUGGAGUGUGGACACAACUUCUGUCGCUCUUGUAUCACACAGUGUUGGGAAAGGGAGCAGAAAAACUCCUGCCCGGAAUGUCGAGAGGAGUUUACUGACCGCACCCUCAGGGUGAAUCGGGCCUUAGCAAAUCUGGCUGAAAAAGCUCGAAAUCUAAACCUGAAUCCGAAAGGGAAGGAAAGUAAACGUCACUGCGAGGAACAUGAGGAAGAACUGAAGCUGUUUUGUGAAACGGACAAGACACUGAUCUGUGUGAUCUGUGCAGCUGCGCAGGAACACAGAGAGCAUCGAUUUGUGCUGAUUAAAGAGGCUGUUAAAAACUAUAAGGAUCAGCUAAAAUCUUCCUUAGACUCUCUCACAAAAAAGAAAUCAGACUUCCAGGAAAAGGAGCAGCAACAGAAAGAGAAGAUUUCCGGAGUUCGGGAACAGUCACACAGUGUUCAGUCCCACAUCACAUCCCAGUUUGCUGAACUGCGCCAGAUUAUCACUGAGAAAGAGCAGAGCUUACUCAGGGAUCUCAGGGAAGAAGAGAAGAGGAUUCUCAACCCAAUGGAGAAAAAUCUUCUAGCACUUCAAGAGAAUAUAAGGAGUAUUCAGGAGGAAAUCACUAAGUUAAAGGAACAGAUGGAUCAGAAAGAUGGUGUGAUAUUUCUGAAGGAAGAAGCUCGUCGGAACAGAAGGAUUAAUGACGAUAUCCAGGAAUUGUCAGUGACAGAUGAGACCCUACCGGUUGAAAAAUUCGAUCACCUCUAUUUGUUGAACACAGUGCUGAGAGAAACGCUUGAUGCUAUUAAUCGAGGUAAAACUUACAAAGAUUCAUUUCUCCUUGUUUAUGAAGAUCAAUUUAGUUCCAAUUUGAGGCAAAGAUUGUCUGUAAUACUGGGCUGAAGGGGAACUGAAGUUUAUUCCACAUCAACCCC